CCACAGGCCACGCCCAGAGGCCGUGCGUCGGUGCGUCGUCUCUAUGGUGGCGGCGGAUUUGGAGGGACCUUAGGAUCGCGGCGUCAGGCAAGGCACACUUGAGGGUGGUGGGGGUGGGUUGCAGGUGUGACCUCUAACCUUGGCGUGGGCCUUCAGGUAGCUAAGCUGUGGGAAGAAGAGCUGGAGACCACAUUCUGCAUUUUAGCUGAGACGUUCCGUACUAGCAGAAUGUUCCGCCGCGAGCGCUCCAUCCCACUUCGUAGCUCUGCCGCCGCCCUGUCUAACAACCUCAGUGUACUGCAGCUGCCAGCCCGUGAUCUCACGCAUUUUGGGGUGGUUCAUGGACCGAGCGCCCAGCUUCUCAGUGCUGCCCCUGAGGGUGUGCCCUUGGCCCAGCGCCAGCUCCACGUUAAAGAGGGUGCUGGAGUGAGUCCCCCACUUAUCACUCAGGUUCACUGGUGUGUCCUCCCCUUCAGAGUACUGCUGGUCCUCACCUCGCAUCGAGGGAUACAGAACAGAGUUUGAGGAUUCCAAUGGACUUACCUGGCUGGGUGAAGUGCCCAGAACUCAACAAGGGUCAUCUGGAUCUUGCUCUCAUCCUUGCCCCCAUCUUCCAGAUGUAUGAGUCUGAUGGCUCCGUCAUGGUUUAUUGGCACGCCUUGGACUCAGGCGAUGCUUCUUCAGUACAGGCUAUGUUUGCCCGAGGAAUUGCUGCCAGCGUCCACUUCAUCUGUGUGGGAACGUGUUCCGGUCGAGUACUGGUCUUUGAUAUCCCCGCUAAGGGUCCCAACAUUGUACUCAGCGAGGAACUGGCUGGGCACCAGACACCAAUCACAGAUAUUGCCACUGAGCGUGCCCAGGGGCAGGAUGGUGUUGCUGACAUGGUGACAGCAGAUGACUCGGGUGUCCUGUGUGUCUGGAGGUCGGGACCUGAGUUCACCUUACUGACCCGAAUACCAGGAUUCGGGGUCCCAUGCCCCUCUGUGCAGCUGUGGCAGGGGAUCGUGGCAGCAGGGUAUGGAAAUGGGCAAGUGCGCCUGUAUGAUGCCAGCACAGGGGCCCUCCACGUCCAGAUCAGUGCCCACGCCCGGACCAUCUCUGCCCUGGACCUCGCUCCAGAGGUCGGCAAGCUACUGUCUGCAGCUGAGGACACCUUUGUGCACAUCUGGAAGCUGAACAGAAACCCAGAAAGUGGCUCUAUUGAGGUGGAACACUGCCAUGGUGAAUGUAUUUCUGACACCCAGGUGUGUGGUGCUCGGUUCUGUGAUCCAUUGGGCAGCUCCUUUGCUGUGACAGGUUAUGACCUGGCUGAGAUCCUGAGAUUUGGCACUGUCUGAGAGAGGAGCAGCCUUCCCGUCUCCCUUGGUAUUUAUAAAGUAUUCCCCCCCAUCAA